UAAUCUAGACAUGGCCACAACUGAAGAUGAGACUGCAGGAGAGGAUGAGAAUGUGGGAGAGACUGCAGGAGAAGGGGAUAAUCUUUACAUGGCCAUGACCGAAGAUGAGACUGCAGCGGAGAAUGAGAAUGUUGGAGAGACUGUGGGAGAAGAGGACAACCUUGACAUGGCCACAACAGAAGAUGAGACUGCAGCGGAGGACGAGACUGUUGGAGAGACUGCAGGAGGGGGUGAUAGCCUUGACAUGGCCACAACUGAAGAUGAGACUGCAGGAGAGGAUGAGAACAUAGGAGAGACUGCAGGAGAGGGGGAUAACCUUGACAUGGCCACGACCGAAGAUGAGACUGCAGCAGAGGACGAGACUGUUGAAGAGACUGCGGGAGAGGGGGAUAACCUUGACAUGGCCACAACCGAAGAUGAGACUGCAGCGGAGGACGAGACUGUUGAAGAGACUGCGGGAGAGGGGGAUAACCUUGACAUGGCCACGGCCGAAGAUGAGACUGCAGCGGAGGAUGAGAAUGUAGAAGAGACUGUGGGAGAGGCGGAUAACCUUGACAUGGCCACAACAGAAGAUGAGACUGCAGCCGAGGACGAGACUGUUGGAGAGACUGCAGGAGAGGGUGAUAACCUUGACAUGGCCACAACUGAAGAUGAUGCUGCAGUGGAGGAUAAGACUGUUGGAGAGGCUGCGGGAGAGGGGGAUAACCUUGACAUGGCCACGACCGAAGAUGAGACUGCAGCGGAGGAUGAGAAUGUAGAAGAGACUGCGGGAGAGGCAGAUAACCUUGACAUGGCCACAACAGAAGAUGAGACUGCAGCGGAGGAUGAGACUGUUGGAGAGACUACAGGAGAGGGUGAUAACCUUGACAUGGCCACAACUGAAGAUGAGGCUGCAGGAGAGGAUGAGAACAUAGGAGAGACUGCGGGAGAGGGUGAUAACCUUGACAUGGCCACAACAGAAGAUGAGACUGCAGCAGAGGACGAGACUGUUGGAGAGGCUGCGGGAGAGGGGGAUAACCUUGACAUGGCCACGACCGAAGAUGAGACUGCAGCGGAGGAUGAGACUGUUAGAGAGACUGAGGGAGAGGCGGAUAACCUUGACAUGGCCACGGCCGAAGAUGAGACUGCAGCGGAGGACGAGAAUGCAGGAGAGACUGCAGGAGAGGGGGAUAACCUUGACAUGGCCACGACCGAAGAUGAGACUGCAGCGGAGGACGAGAAUGUAGGAGAGACUGCAGGAGAGGGGGAUAACCUUGACAUGGCCACGACCGAAGAUGAGACUGCAGCGGAGGACGAGACUGUUGGAGAGACUGCGGGAGAGGGGGAUAACCUUGACAUGGCCACAACUGAAGAUGAGACUGCAGGAGAGGGUGAGAACAUAGGAGAGACUGCAGGAGAGGGGGAUAACGUUGACAUGGCCACAACAGAAGAUGAGACUGCAGCAGAGGAUGAGACUGUUGGAGAUACUGCAGGAGAGGGGGAUAACCUGGACAUGGCCAUGACCGAAGAUGAGACUGCAGGAGAGGGGGAUAACCUUGACGUGGCCACAACUGAAGAUGAGACUGCAGGAGAGGAUGAGAACAUAGGAGAGACUGCAGGAGAGGGGGAUAGCCUUGACAUGGCCACAACUGAAGAUGAGACUGCAGGAGAGGAUGAGAACAUAGGAGAGACUGCAGGAGAGGGGGGUAAUCUUGACAUGGCCACGACCGAAGAUGAGACUGCAGGGGAUGAUAAGAAUGUGGAUGAGAGUGCUGAAGUAGCCACAACAGGAAAUGAGACUUCAGGAGAGGAGGAACAUGUUGAAGUUGCUGCAGCUGAUGAAUCAGAUGAAGAGGAAUUUUAUGAGACAUCUGAAAACCAAACUGCAGAAAAUUCUGCCACUAUAGCUACUGCUGAAGAAAUAACCAACACCACAAUAUCAGAUGACGAACAAGCAAAAGCAGAAACCAUAGAUGAAGCAGACAGCACAGAAGAAACCCCUAUAAUGUCAGACAAUACUGAGGAGCCUCAAAGUAACAUGCGAAAAGAGUCUAGAGAAAUUGAUGGAGAGAUAUCAGAAGAUGCUGAAUCUACCAAAGGCGGACUGAUAGAAGGUAAAACAUCAGGGGAUAAAUCAGAGGAGGCUGAAACACAUGCAGAGGAGUCUGGUGAAAAUGAAAGCACAGGGGAUUGUGAAACAGCUGGAGAUCCAUGUGAUGACACAGAGGAAAGGGUUACAGAGGAUGCAACAACAGAAGAAGGGGAUGGAGAGGAUGAAACAGCAGGGGAGGACUCUGAUGACGUUACUGAAAGAGAAAGCACAGAAGAAUCUGGAACAACAACUGAAGACUCUGCCGAUAAUACUGAGGUUGGUUCCUCAGAAGAUAUAUCAGAUGGGGAGCAGGUGGGAGCCGCCAAAACACAAAGGAAGGAAAGCAAAGAGUCCACUGAUAAUGUAGAAGACGAGUCUGCGGAAGAGUCCAGUAAAGUUCAAAGUGGCAGUCAGCAGUCAAAUGAUGCCUCAAUAGAAGAGUCAGUAGAGACUGAUGAUGCAGAGAAUGCCAUCAGUGGAUCUGAAACUGAGAAAGACCUUGAUGAAGAAAGACUGCCAGAGUCUAAUGAUGAAACAGAAGGUAAUGAUGAUGUAGAGCCGAAAGCAGAUGGCCAGGAGGAUAUGGCUGAAACAACAGAAAGCAACGCACAUGAAGAAAAUGGAGAAAGCAAACAAGAGGAAGAAGUAGACGAAGCUAAUGUCAAACAGAGCGAAGAUGAAGGUAAUUCAGAUGUAUCUGAAAAAGAAGAGGAAACUGAGACAGCCAAUGAAAAUGAUCAGAUUGCAAACAAAGCAGAAUCAGCUGAGGGAGAGGAUGAAGCAGAGGAUGAUUCAGAGGAACCAGAAGAAGAAAGUGAUGAUAAAGAGCAAGAUCUAGUUCCUACCAGUGCAGAUAUAGAGAAGAAAGAUCUAAUAUCUAAGGAAAGGACCGUAAACUCACUCGAUACCUUGAUUAAAGUAAAUGCCGAGUCUGAGGACGGUGCCUAUGGUGAUGUUGAAGAUUCUGAAAUGGAAAUUCACAACCAUGAAGAACAUAUAAGCUGUGACUCACAGAGUGCUGGAAAGAUUUCAUCAGAAGUUGUCUGACUCUAAAAUGCCUGAAAAUCGGCUAAUAGAGACAAAUAUGCAAGAUGAAACAGAGCUUUCAGCUGAAAAUGAAUUCUAGCAUGGGUCUAUUGAAGUGGCUCUUAAUCAAGAAAGUGACUGUCAAAAGUAACUGGAUGCAUAUGUUAGAGGGUGAAUAUGAAAAGAAACAGUCUUUGAUUAUCAUUUCUAGUUAUAUACUCAUUAUCUAGAGAACUAACCUUAACCAAAGUAUGGCAUUUAUCAAGAUUAGCCUAAUUUCUAACUUAAUAUUCCUAGUUGUUAAAUGAGUAUUACACGAACACAAGCACUUUGUUAUAGCAUUUUUAUUGCUGCGAUUGCACUCAAGCACUGUUGGUUGUAAAGCUGUGCUAAAAGGGAACCUUUAAUACUUGAAAUACUAGAACUUUAAGAAGAUUUUACCUUACCUUUUGAGGAAAAUAAGUCUUUAGAAUGUUUAUUUCUUACAAACACACUGCAAAUGUGAGCCUUAGACUGAAGAGGUUUAAAUGUAAAGAAAAAGACUAUAUAACUGCAUUUAUGAUGCAAUGAUAUGGUGUGGUACCUUUAUGUUCUCUAAUUACUGCAGUAUAUUUAAUAUUUUGGCAACAUUGUUUGUUGCUAGACCAUCACUAAUCUCACAUGUCUGGAAAAUUAUAUUCCAAACAUUGGUGUAUAUGAAAGAAUAUGUUUAUUUUAAUGUUUGUUUCAAAAAGAAUCAUUGAAUAUGAUCGUGGGUUUCACUGUUGAAUUAAAGCUAAUACAAAGUGGGUUUUUUUCUAGUUCAUAAGGUGCUGGAAAGUUUAAAAACACUGCUUAUCCUGAAUUUAAAUAACAUUGUACCGAUACAGUGGCUUGGAAAUGGCUUCCUAUAAUAUUAUAUUAAUUUAUUUGAGUGCUGGAUGAAAUUAGUCAACUCUAAUAAACCAUGUAAGUUUAUUAUCAAACUUAUGCCACUGUACAUGUCAGUCAGCACAAUUUUAAAUUAACCCACUGUGUUUGCCUUAGACAGUUGAUGAUUAACCUCAGUGUAAGCUCCCAUACCUUUCUAUUUGGCUCACUAUACAUGAUAAUGUUUCAUUAUUUUGUAUAGCAGAUAAACAAACUGAUUUGAAGUCACCGAUACUGUAAUGUAGCAGAAAUUGUGGAUUUUUUAUGUACUGUAUCAUGACACUGAAGGAUCUCCCAUUCCUUUGACAUCUACAGUAUAUUGUAGAUCAUUUACAGCUCUGUAUCAGCAAGAAAUUACUUUUUUUUCCUCUGUGGUACAGAUGUCUGUAAUAAAGGUAUACCUUUUCUGUAUGUACUGUACAAUUAUUGCUGCUGAAAAUAAAUUUAUUUAAAGAAA